CCUCAACAUCCUCGAGUCCAGGCCUGACCGCUCCACGUUCCGCCUGCCAGUUAUGAAGGCUGCACCGGCAGAAUGGCCGAGGCUGACCUAAGCAGCCGACGCGCAUCUCGCUUACGCCGACUAACCGCAUGCAGGCAGGCUAACUCCUCGGUAAAAAUUGGCUCCGGGCGGGAGAGCUUUAAAAAAGUUCAACUCGCUUUUCUUUUUUGGCUUUUUCUCCCAUCACAACAACAUUCUCUGUUGCAAUGUCUGUCUGCCUAUUAUGAUCGUGGCUUCAGAUAUGACACAGCUUGUAGAACUAUUUGCUCACCAUGCACAUUUGGGACUGACACAUCUGGUUCUUCGCUGAACAGGAUUUUUUUUUUUGGUAAGUGCUACUCCAGCAUCGAGAUCACCCCUCAUCCCAUUCUCCCAUCAUCCUUCUAUGAUGAUACCUACAACCACAUUUCAAACUAGAGUCUUUGACCCAUCCGGGGAAUGAAAACUCACUUGUUUGCACGUCAGUCUGAUGCAUUUGCGAAGGACUUGAUCUUGUUUCUUGACCACAGCCGAGCUGUUGGCAUGGUGCUAAUCAGUCGACAGAACACUUACCUCUUAGCUUCACUUCGACCACGACUCGCUUCUAACAUCAUCACUAAUGGUAUGUGCAUCUCCCCCAUUCCUGGCACUGCCCCUUAUUCCACUAUUCAUAUGAUGCUCUAAACGUUUAAAUACGCUGGAAAUUACCGACUGAGGCCUUCGGGUCCUGGACGAAAUCAAA